GUUCAGAGUGUGGUUCUUCUGAAUUUUAGUCACUCCUUUUUGUUUAUUAUUAUUAUUAUCAUAUCUAUGGCUGUCUUAGUGCUCUGCCCUUCAAUCAUGUAUAAUAAUAACAGUGUGUCAUCUUCUUGUGCUUUUACUGAGACAAAUAUCUAUGUCCUAAGCUAUCAUGGGUUCUUAGGAGGAACCAAUUUUGUAAAAAUGAAGACUUUGCCAAAUGGGUCCCUGAUAUAUUGGAAGAAACAUGGAAAAAGACAAGGGGGUCUUGGUGCCUUUGGGACUAGAUGUGCACAUGAGGUGUUUGUGGGAAAUGGCAAGAGUAAAAAUAGAGUGUCCUCUGAGGAAGUUUUUGGCGUUCUGAAGUCUAUUUCGGAUCCAAGUUCUGCUCUUGCAUACUUCAAGUCGGUUGCCCAGUUGCCUAAUCUUGUGCAUACCACUGAAGCAUGCAAUUACAUGCUUGAGUUCUUGAGGGCUCACGGGAGGGUUGAGGAUAUGCCUUUUGUCUUUGAUUUGAUGCAAAAGCAAGUGAUUUACAGGAAUUUGAAUACGUACCUGACAAUUUUCAAGGCUCUUUCGAUUAAAGGUGGUAUUCGACAAGCUCCAUUUGCGCUUGGAAAGAUGAGGCAAGCUGGGUUCAUCUUGAAUGCAUAUUCGUAUAAUGGACUGAUUUAUUUACUGCUCCAACCUGGCUGUUGUAAAGAGGCUUUGAAGGUUUACAGAAGAAUGAUCUCGGAAGGGAUGAAGCCUAGCAUGAAGACAUACUCAGCAUUAAUGGUAGCAUUGGGGAGGAGAAGGGAUACUGGAACCAUUAUGGAUUUAUUUGAAGAGAUGAAAACCUUGGGUUUGAGGCCAAAUAUCUACACAUAUACCAUAUGCAUCAGGGUGCUUGGUAGGGCUGGGAGAAUCGAUGAUGCGUGUGGGAUUUUAAAGAAAAUGGAUGAUGAAGGAUGUGGGCCUGAUGUUGUUACUUACACAGUUCUAAUUGAUGCUCUUUGUACUGCAGGGAAACUUGAUAAGGCCGAGGAAUUGUAUACCAAGAUGAGAUCUAGCAGUCAUAGACCUGAUCGGGUAACAUACAUUACUUUAAUGGACAAGUUUAGUGACUGUGGUGACUUGGACACGGUGAAAAGAUUCUGGAGUGAGAUGGAGGCUGAUGGUUAUGCUCCUGAUGUAGUUACCUACACCAUACUCAUUGAUGCUUUAUGUAAAUCCGGGAAUGUUGAUCAGGCAUUUGCUAUGUUAGAUGUGAUGGGGAUAAAAAGAAUUUCUCCUAAUCUUCAUACUUACAACACAUUGAUCUCUGGGCUUUUGAAGUUGAGAAGAUUGGAUGAGGCGUUAGAACUUUUCAACAAUAUGGAAUCUUUAGGUGUUCAACCUACUGCUUAUUCAUAUGUUCUUUUCAUUGACUACUAUGGAAAGUCUGGUGAUACUGGAAAAGCUCUUGAGACCUUUGAACAAAUGAAAAAGAGAGGCAUUGUGCCUAGUAUAGUAGCGUGUAAUGCAUCUUUAUAUAGUCUUGCAGAAAUGGGUAGGAUCAGAGAAGCAAAAGAUAUAUUCAAUGAUCUUCAUAGUUGUGGGCUUUCGCCAGAUUCAGUAACCUAUAAUAUGAUGAUGAAGUGCUAUAGCAAAGCAGGGCAAAUAGACAAAGCCAUAAAACUUUUGGCUGAGAUGAUAAGCAAUGGUUGCGAACCGGAUGUAAUUAUAGUUAAUUCUUUAAUUGACAUGCUUUUCAAGGCUGACCGAGUUGAUGAGGCAUGGAAAAUGUUUGGAAGAUUGAAGGAUUUGAAGUUAGCUCCUACGGUUGUGACAUACAACACUUUACUUACUGGUUUGGGGAAAGAGGGAAGACUCCCAGAGGCCCUCAAAUUGUUUAGGAGUAUGACAGAGUCUGGAUGUCCUCCAAACAAGGUAACUUUUAACACUCUCCUGGAUUGUCUUUGCAAGAAUGAUGCAGUUGAUUUGGCCUUGAAGAUGUUCUGUAGAAUGACAAUGAUGAACUGUAGUCCUGAUGUUCUGACUUAUAACACUAUCAUCUAUGGCUUGAACCGAGAAGGAAGAAUUGGUUAUGCAUUCUGGUUUUAUUAUCAGAUGAAGAAAUUUCUCUCCCCUGAUCAUGUAACUUUGUGCACCCUCCUUCCUGGUGUUGUAAGGUAUGGAAGGGUAGAGGAUGCAGUCAAGAUUGUCAUGGAAUUUGUACAUCAAGCAGGUUUACAGAAAGGCAAACAAUUCUGGGGAGAAUUAAUGGAAUGUAUUUUAAUUGAAGCAGAAAUAGAAGAGGCCAUUUCAUUUGCUGAAAGAUUGGUACGCGAUUCUAUUUGCCAAGAUGACCUUCUAAUAUUACCUCUAAUUAGAGUCCUGUGUAAGCGGAAAAGGGCCCUUGAUGCUCAAAAUUUAUUUGACAAAUUCACCAAAACUUUGGGAAUUCACCCAACCGUUGAAUCAUAUAAUUGCUUGAUGGAUGGGCUUCUUGGAUGUAAUAUCACUGAAAAAGCUUGGGAUCUUUUUGUGGAGAUGAAGAAUACAGGUUGUUUCCCAGAUAGUUUCACUUAUAACUUGUUGCUUGAUGCUCAUGGUAAAUCUAGAAGGAUUAGCGAACUUCUUCAACUGUACAACGAGAUGCUUUAUAGGGGAUGCAAGCCUAAUGCUGUAACCCAUAAUAUUAUCAUCUCCGCCCUUGUGAAAUCUAAUAACUUAAAUAAAGCAUUAGAUUUAUAUUAUGAACUCAUAAGUGGUGGUUUCUCUCCCACUCCUUGUACAUACGGGCCUCUUAUAGAUGGUCUUCUAAAGGCUGGAAAAUUGGAGGAAGGUAUGAAGAUUUUUGAUGAGAUGUUAGACUAUCAAUGUGAGCCCAACUGUGCUAUUUACAAUAUUCUCAUCAAUGGAUUCGGAAAAGCAGGUAAAAUUGAUACUGCUUGUGAUUUGUUCGAAAGAAUGGUUAAAGAAGGAAUAAGGCCAGACUUGAAAUCUUAUACCAUUCUGGUAGAAUGCCUGUGCAUGACUGGUAGAGUUGAUGAUGCUGUGAGCUACUUUGAGGAACUAAAGUUAACUGGCCUUGAUCCUGAUACAGUUUCUUACAACCUUAUGAUCAAUGGGCUUGGAAGAUCAGGUAGGUUGGAGGAAGCUCUUUCUCUUUUUGGCGAAAUGAAGAAUAGGAGAAUUCCUCCUGAUCUUUAUACUUACAAUGCAUUGAUUCUCCAUCUUGGGGUUGCUGGAAUGGUGGACCUUGCUGGAAAGAUGUAUGAGGAGCUGCAACUUAUGGGUCUUGAACCUAAUGUCUUCACUUAUAAUGCUCUCAUUCGUGGUCAUAGUAUAUCAGGAAAUAAAGACCGAGCCUUUACUGUCUUCAAGAAGAUGAUGGUUGAGGGGUGUAGCCCCAAUGCGGGAACAUUUGCUCAACUGCCAAAUAAAUGUUGAUUUUACUGAGUUAUCUAAUGGGAGGAGGAAGGCACUAAAGAGGACACUUUGCCUUGUUGCCUAAACAAUUUCGGAGAGAGAUAUGUACCCCAGCAUGUGGUUUUGUGCAAAUUAUUUACUUCAUCCAGGAAAUUCCUGCUGAUUAAUGGUGAAAAUUACUUGUGUAAAAGCAGUCUUCGUGGUACUUGCCAUGAUUUUUAAGGGCAAAUUCUGUCCGUGAGGCUGCAUGAACUUCCCUACUAUAUAGAUGGGACCUUUACACCCUGAGG